AUCAGGUGUGCUGAAGCAGGGAAAACCUACGGGACAGCAGUGGCCCUUUUGGGGCUCCGUACUGAACUAAGCAGCCAAUCAGAGCAGAGCAGACGGGCCCUCCCUCCGGCUGAUCCAAUCUAUCUCUAACCCGUCAACAGGGUGCGCAUAGCGGAAGUUUCUUGAUUUGUGUUCACUGUUUUCUGCUUAAUCUGGAACUGCAGUGGCCUCCUGACGACAUCUGCCUGCAGCUGGAAUAUAAUAUCAGAUCUGAUCUCCAAUUUUUAUCCUGUGCGCAUCAGAUGCCCUUUAUUCUGAAAAUCCAGCCGCCGGAAGCCGAGUUCUGACCUGUCAGCGUUGACAGACGGAGUCCAUCAGCUGGACGACCGACAGCGGCACUGACCCAUUUCACAGGCCGGAGCACGACAGCAGCGAGCAGGCGUCCGGUUCUUCUGCCUCCACGCCGGUUCUCAUGUCCGGCCGUGACGGACGUGCAUCGGCCGGGUUCCGGGAGGCAGCAGCUGCCGGCCUGGAGGCACCUUGACGCGGGUGAUCCCGGAUUAAACAGUUUGCCUCAGAGCUGCUGAGCCCCUGGAGCCUCCUGAGGCGGCCAUGUUGGAUCUCCUCCUCAGAGAGGAGGUGUGGAGUCGUCCUCAGCCGUGUCCUCUCAGCAUCUCGCUGCCGACCUAACGCCCCCGUCUCCUCUUCCAGCCGACCAGGACACAGGUUCUGGGUCCGGUCCGAUCAUGACCUAUGCACCACAGCAGCUGCUCCCCUGGAGCCUACCUCACCUGUUCCUGACCUACCUCUGGCUCCUGGCCCCGCCCACAGGUGUGUCGGGGCUGUGCCGGGUCACCGGCGGCGUGCUGGGGAUCCACUGGAGCAGCACCAUUGGCCUGGGCUGGUACCCGCUGGCGGCGGGCCGGGGGGGGGCCACCUGCUGGGAGUCCUGCUGCCUGGAGCCCAGCUGCCAGGCCGUGUGGAGCCUGGGGGGCCACUGCGUGCUGCUCAGCUGCCCCCGGCCGGCAGCAGGGGGGGGCUGCACCAUCAGCGCCCUGCCGCAGCCCCACCAGGAGUCCCUGGGGCUGCUGCAGCUGCUGGCCAAGGGUCCCGUCAGGAAGCGGCGCAGGAACCCUCGGAACGCCGGACGCCACGGCGUGCACACGGGAGGCCCCGCCCACAAGGCAGACCCGGUGCCUCAGCGCCCGUCGUCCACGGCGCCGAGCGCCACAACCGCCCAGACGGCCCGGCAGAACCGGCAGAACCUCACCCUGCCCGCCAACGGCAGCUCCGAGUCCGGCCCGGACCGGCAGAACUCCACGGGACCCGGAACCGAGGAGCCGCCAGCGUCUUCCAACAGCAGUGAUGUCAUCACCCCGACCCCCGCCCAGGUGAAGGAGCUGGUGGUGUCGGCCGGCCAGAGCGUGGAGGUGACGCUGCCUAGCAGCGAGGUGGAGCUCAACGCCUUCGUGUUGCCGACGCCCCCUGCAGGAACAGACUACGCCUUCGUCUGGCGCCUGAUAACGCACCCCAAAGACUACAGCGGCGUGAUGGAAGUGAAGAAGAGCCCGUCGCUGAAGCUCAGCAAGCUGACGGUGGGCCUGUACGAGUUCGGGGUGACGGUGGACGGAGAAGGCGCCCACGGCGAGGGAUUCGUCAAUGUGACCGUCAAACCAGAGCCGCGGGUCAACAAGCCUCCGGUGGCCGUGGUGUCGCAACGGUUCCAGGAGCUGACGCUGCCCACCAGCUCCACCGUGAUCGACGGGAGCCAGAGCACCGAUGAUGACAAGGUGGUCUCCUGGCACUGGGAGGAGGUCCGGGGGCCCCUGAGGGAGGAGAAGGUCUCUGCCGACACCGCCGUGCUCACCCUGAAAGGCCUGGUGCCCGGUAACUACACCUUCAGUCUGACGGUCACCGACUCGGACGGCGCCACAAACUCCACUCUGGCGUCGCUCUCCGUCAACAAAGCCAAGGACUACCGGCCGGUGGCCAACGCCGGCCCCAACCAGGUCAUCCAGCUGCCGCACAACUCCAUCACUCUGAACGGCAACCACAGCACCGACGACCACGACUCGCUGUCCUACGAGUGGUCGCUCAGCCCCGAGAGCAAAGACAAGGUGGUGGAGAUGCAGGGCGUGCGCACGCCGACCCUGCAGCUGUCCGCCAUGCAGGAGGGGGACUACACCUUCCAGCUGACAGUGACCGACUCGGCGGGGCAACAGGACACCUCGCAGGUCACCGUCAUCGUUCGUCCAGAGAACAACAAGCCGCCGGUGGCCGACGCCGGGCCCGACAAGGAGCUGACGCUGCCGGUGGACGGAACCACGCUGGACGGCAGCUCCAGCAGCGACGACCAGAAGAUCGCCACCUACCACUGGACCAAGACCAGCGGACCCGACGGCGUUAAGAUCGAGAACGCAGAGGGCGCCGUUGCCACGGUGACGGGCUUGGAGGUCGGCAUGUACAAGUUCACGCUGACGGUCGGUGACGAGCGGCAGCUGGAGAGCAGCGACACGGUGACCGUCGUCGUCAGGGAAGAAAAGGACCAGCCUCCGGUGGCCCGCGUCCUGCCCAACGCGCCCGUCUCGCUGCCCUCCAGGACGGCCGCCCUGGACGGGUCGCGGUCCUGGGACGACAAGGGGGUGGUCAGCUACCUGUGGACCAGGGAGGACAGCAGCCCGGCGGCCGGGGUGGAGCUGCUGCUGGAGGUGCCGGUGUCCCAGGUGUCCCAGCGCCAGCGCGACAUGCUGCUCCGGCAGGUCGGCGUGCUGCUCGGCGUGCUGGACAGCGACAUCAUCGUCCGGGACAUCAGCGCCUUUAACGAGCACAGCACCCGCCUGGUGUUCCUGGUGUCGGGCGGACCGGGCCGGCCGCCGCUGUCGGGCCGCGGCGUCGCGCUCAGCCUCAGGAACAAGCUGCGCAAGCAGAAGAACGACUUCCUGAUCUUCAAGGCCCGGCGGGUCGACACCGUGGUGUGCCAGCUGAACUGCUCGGGCCACGGUGAGUGCGACCCGUUCUCCCGGCGCUGCGUGUGCCACCCCUUCUGGAUGGAGAACUUCAUCAGAGCCCAGCUGGGAGAUGCCGUCAGCAACUGUGAGUGGAGCGUGCUCUAUGUGACCAUAGCAUCCUUCCUGAUCCUGGUUGCCAUGGCGACGGUUGCCUGGGCGACGGUGUGCUGCUGCAGGAGGCGUAAAAGCAAAGUCCGUCGGAGCAAAAGCCGCUACAAGAUGAUCGAAGACCAAGAAGGUCUGGAGCUGCCCCAACGAACUGCCCGGCUGAAGCUGGCCCCCGCCCCCUCCUCCUCAGCCCUCAUGCGCUCGGACUCGGAGCUGGACAGUGAUGACCAUGGCGGCGUCUCCUGGGAGCAGGAGCGAGGACACCUGCUGCGGCCCAACGGCUCGCUGAGGAACGGCAAGAAGCCCAGAGAGGAGCUGCUAUAGGGCAGGGCUCCUCCCCCAGGACUGAGGGGGGAGGGGGGCGGGGCUACCUGACAGACUAAACGAGCACCGACCACUGCCAGCCGGGCCGCCGGCCGCCACUGCAUGUGUGGCGUCCUGGGAGCGUCCAGAGCCCUUUUGUUUUACGUUGUUUUAUGUCCCGACCCCCCCACGGCGGGUGCCAUGGCGACCGGAUCCCCCCACAGCGUCCCGACCACCCCCUCACGGCAGGCGUUAUGGCGUCCCGACCUCCCCACGGCUUCCUGACCCCCCCACAGCGGGUGCCAUGGCGUCCUGACCCCCCCACGGGGAUCUGACCCCUCCCAAGCCAUUCCCUCUCUUGAACCACUGAGUCUGCGAUCCGACGCACUUUGAGUCUAAGUUUAUUUUACUGUUUGGGUCAAAGGGAGCCGACCUGUGAGGUCAGAGGUCGGAGGUCAGCCAGAGGGCGGGGCCUGUUUUACAGGGCACAGGGUUUUCUGAAUGUGAAUUUUUCUUUAUCUUAAACAAAAUAAGUACUGUUUUUUUUAGUAGAUUUGAUUCAUUCUGAGUUACAAAAAGCUCCAUAAAGGCUCCUGGUGGCCGUGCACGCCCCUGGCUGACCUUUGACCCCUGGACCCGCUGGCUGCAUGCAGAAUGUGAAUCGGAGCCACUGUGGCCGCCUUCCUGAAUGUUUGGAGUCCAGCUGUGAUCCUGGAACCGUUUUUAACCUUUUCUGUUACGUUGGGACCGGCAGAACCGACCUGCAGAGCUCACUGUGAAGGCAGAACCAGCAGGUCCGACUGCUGGUUCCGGUUCUGAUGAAGGAUCGUUCUGUCCUCUGAGUUGUUGAAACUGGAUCAUCUGUAAAUGAAAAUAAAACUUUAGCUUUUUGA